AAGCAAUCCCAAGGAGAGAAUCCCCUCUUCUUAACUACUCCUAUAUAUCUUGCCAUUUUAGACCCUUUGCCUUCAACAUUUAUUUAUGAUCAAUAUGGACAAGCUUGCCUUCAACUGUUCCUUAGCUUCCAUGUUUCUGAUCAUUUACUCUUUGAUAGUUUUGCAUGGUACUGAAGCUUCGUUAUCAUGCCUCCAUACUCCAUACCCUCAUGUGUGCAACCACUAUAUGACCUCUAAUACACUCUCUACUUCAUCAUCUUCUUCUUCUUCCUCCUUCCAUGAUAUGGCUCUGAAGGUCACUCUGGACCAAGCCAUUGAAGCCCAAAAGCUUGUCUCAGCCAUGAAACUGGGCAAUCACUUCACAGACAAUAAGCGAGCCAAGUUAGCCUGGACAGAUUGCUUAGAGCUAUAUGAAGACACUGUUUACCAGCUGAACCGUUCUGUUACGAGCUCCAAAAAUCUCAACGAUAGGCUCACCUGGUUAAGUGCCUCCAUUGCCAACCACCAAACUUGCCAAAAUGGCUUCCGUGACUUCAACCUUCAUGCACACUUCAGCUUCUUCCCAAAUAUGUUAACUAACUUCUCCAAAUUGAUCAGCAAUUCCUUAGCCAUUACCAAAGCCAUGUCGACGACGUCGUCGUCAGGACAAAUGGAUAAUAAUGGUGGGAGAAAGUUGUUGUUCGAAGGAUUCCCCGACUGGGUUUCGAGCUCGGAUAGGAGGCUUCUUGCGGCGGCAGCGGGGGAGGUGGCGCCAAGGGCUGAUGUGGUGGUGGCGAAAGAUGGGAGUGGGAACUAUAAGACGAUAAUGGAGGGAGUGGAGGCGGCAAGUAAGUUGAGCGGCGGCGGAGGGAGGAGAGUGGUGGUGCACGUAAGAGGGGGGUUGUAUGAAGAGAAUGUGGAGAUUAAGAGGAAAAUGAAGAACAUAAUGAUCGUUGGAGAUGGGAUUGAUGUUACCGUUGUUUCGGAUGGCAAGAAUGCCCAAGAAACUACCACUUUUCGUUCUGCUACAUUUGCUGUUUCUGGAGACAACUUCAUCGCCCGCGAUAUAACCUUCCAGAACACCGCCGGGCCUGAGAAUCACCAGGCGGUGGCUUUUCGCUCCGGCGCCGACCACUCAGUGUUCUACCGGUGCAGCUUCAAGGGCUACCAAGACACUUUGUACGUCUACUCACAGCGCCAAUUCUACCGUGACUGCGAUGUCUACGGCACCGUGGACUUCAUCUUCGGCGACGCCGUCGCUAUCCUCCAGAACUGCAACAUCUACGUGAGAAGGCCGACGAGCAACCAGCAGAACACCGUGACGGCGCAGGGGAGAUCCGACCCAAAUGAGAACACCGGCAUUAUUCUCCACGGCUGCCACGUGACUGCGUCAUCAGACAUGAGGCCGGUGCAGAGCUCGUUCAAGACCUUUCUGGGCCGGCCGUGGAAGGAGUACUCAAGGGUGGUGGUGAUGAAGAGUAACCUCGACGGCGGGCUGAUCGACCCGGCGGGAUGGAUGCCGUGGAGUGGAAGCUUCGCUCUUGAGACUCUAUAUUACGGCGAAUAUAUGAACGCAGGAGCAGGAGCAGCCACUGGUGGGAGGGUGAAAUGGCCAGGCUUUCAUGUAAUCACGAGUCCGCUGGAGGCCGGAAAGUUCACAGUUGGGAAUUUUCUGGCCGGCGAGUCGUGGAUUGCCGGCACCGGCGUCCCUUUCGAUGCAGGGUUGUGAGGAGAAGAUGAAAGUGGCGGUGGCGGUGGCGGUGGAAGAGAGGAGUUGGUGGUUAUUAUAUGAAAAAAAAAAAUAGUAAAGGGAAAGGGUGGAUAGUGACUGUGGCUGUAUGAUAUGAAGAAGACAAGAAAGGAGAGAAAUUGUCACGUAGCAUGACUUUGUGUGCGAUGUCAGGGUUUCGUUGUAUAGACGGUACAGAAGGUUGCCAUAUAUUCUUUGUGUGUUUCGUUGUCUUUGAUGUGUAUGGAGUGACUGUUAAACUUAUCCAACCGCAAGAAGCUAAGGCAGGAAAAUAUAUGAUAUAGGAACAUAUAUUAAUAUAACCACUAAACUUGUAAUAAUACGUUUAAUUUUUGUGGAAAAGUGACCCUUGAAUAUGUGAACAAAGUUGUAAGGAUAUAUGUAUGAAACUGUAAUAUAAGUAAUAGUUGAUUGUAUA